GAAGCAAAGAGAAAGGUGGAAGAAGCAAAGAGAAAGAUGGGAGAAGAACAACAGAUGCUGAAAAAGCAAGCCAGGCUAACGGAGACCCUGAGCGAUAGAAAAAGAAGAGACGGGGAAGAGAGAAAGGAAGAUGAAAAUAAGUGUGUGAAGGAAGCAAGGGAAGGAGACAGGAGAGAGCUCCUGAAAGAAAAGAGACUAAGUGCAGAAGAAAAUAUGACACACAUGGAGAAACAAAUGAGAGAGCUGGAGGUCAAAGAUUCCUCCAUCUUCUCAGCUGGUGCUGAGGUCAAACAGACCCAGUGCAAAGAUGUCUCCAUGGUUACUGCAACUGAGUCAAAGACUCUGAACCCUCAGAAGGACCAGCCAGCAAAGUGCAAAGAAUUCUCUGUGUUUUCCACGAGCAGUCAAGGCGUGGCCAAGAUCCCCCAGGUUCUGCAGGUCAAAGUGAGUAAUAAAAGUGAGAGUGUCCAAAAGAAAGAUGGGAAUGACAAAGUAACAGCGCCAAAGACAGAUGCAGAGCUCAUUAUGGACAAAUUUGAGAGGAUGACAGAAGAGGGGAGAAGGGGGCCUUGUCAGAAGGAUAGGAGAGAUAAAGACCAGGCCAAAGAGAUAGAGGGAAAGAGAAAGGAGGAGGAGGUGCUGUCUAAAGAAGAGCAGCGCAGGCUGAGGAAUGAGAAGGCCUUACAGGAACACCUGGACAGGGUAGAGAAUCCGGAAUUGACAGGCAAACAGACCAGACAACCACAAUGUAAAGAUUACUCUAUUUUCACUGCAUCAGGGCUAAAGAGCAAGGACCCGCAUGAUCAACAGUCAGCAAAAUGCAAAGAUUUCUCUGUGUUUUCCACGAGCAGUCAAGGCGUGGCCAAGGUCCCCCAGGUUCUGCAGGUCAAAGUGAGUAAUAAAAGUGAGAGUGUCCAAAAGAAAGAUGGGAAUGACAAAGUAACAGCGCCAAAGACAGAGGCAGAGCUCCUUAUGGACAAAUUUGAGAGGAUGGCAGAAGAGGAGAGAAUUUGGCCUUGUCAGAAGGAUAGGAGAGAUAAAGACCAGGCCAAAGAGAUAGAGGGAAAGAGAAAGGAGGAGGAUGUGCUGUCUAAAGAAGAGCAGCGCAGGCUGAGGAAUGAGAAGGCCUUACAGGAACACCUGGACAGGGUAAAGAAUCCGGAAAUGACAGGCAAACAGACCAGACAACCACAAUGUAAAGAUUACUCUAUUUUCACUGCAUCAGGGCUAAAGAGCAAGGACCCGCAUGAUCAACAGUCAGCAAAAUGCAAAGAUUUCUCUGUGUUUUCCACGAGCAGUCAAGGCGUGGCCAAGGUCCCCCAGGUUCUGCAGGUCAAAGUGAGUAAUAAAAGUGAGAGUGUCCAAAAGAAAGAUGGGAAUGACAAAGUAACAGCGCCAAAGACAGAGGCAGAGCUCCUUAUGGACAAAUUUGAGAGGAUGGCAGAAGAGGAGAGAAUUUGGCCUUGUCAGAAGGAUAGGAGAGAUAAAGACCAGGCCAAAGAGAUAGAGGGAAAGAGAAAGGAGGAGGAUGUGCUGUCUAAAGAAGAGCAGCGCAGGCUGAGGAAUGAGAAGGCCUUACAGGAACACCUGGACAGGGUAAAGAAUCCGGAAAUGACAGGCAAACAGACCAGACAACCACAAUGUAAAGAUUUCUCUGUGUUUUCCACGAGCAGUCAAGGCGUGGCCAAGGUCCCCCAGGUUCUGCAGGUCAAAGUGAGUAAUAAAAGUGAGAGUGUCCAAAAGAAAGAUGGGAAUGACAAAGUAACAGCGCAAAAGACAGAUGCAGAGCUCAUUAUGGACAAAUUUGAGAGGAUGACAGAAGAGGGAAGAAGGGGGCCUUGUCAGAAGGAUAGGAGAGAUAAAGACCAGGCCAAAGAGAUAGAGGGAAAGAGAAAGGAGGAGGAGGUGCUGUCUAAAGAAGAGCAGCGCAGGCUGAGGAAUGAGAAGGCCUUACAGGAACACCUGGACAGGGUAGAGAAUCCGGAAUUGACAGGCAAACAGACCAGACAACCACAAUGUAAAGAUUACUCUAUUUUCACUGCAUCAGGGCUAAAGAGCAAGGACCUGCAUGAUCAACAGUCAGCAAAGUGCAAAGCUGGGAAAAAUCGCUUGGCUACAUUCUUGAAAACCCUUGUGUGCAGAAAAACGAAGGCAUAAUGCAUAGCUCCUGACGUUUUCCUUGCUAACAAGUGACCUCUGCAAUUUUACAAAUAUUUUCUGAAAUUCAUUCUCAUGCUUUCCCUUGUUUUCUAUAUCCAUUUCUAUAUAAAAUUCUUCAAGCAUUAUAAAAUAA